GACGGACAUGGAAGAAAAAAAUUAGAAAGUAAAAAAAAUUCUGUAUUUUCAAUAUGGCAGACGACGUUGAACAAAAUUCUUCUGACGAUCAGGACCCAGAUUUGACGGAUUUUCACACAUACGUUCCCAGAAGAAGUUACAAAUCGGUACCAGAUAGCUACAGUUACCGACUGACACAUGACAUCAGUCUUGACAACUUUCAGAGUGAGGAUCUGUUUGAUUCUCAGAAUGAUCUCAACACACAGGAUGACUGGAUGACAGACAAUACACCUGUCAGAACAGAGAUGACGAACACAAAGCAGAGACACAACUCCAACGAGAGCACUGAAAAACUUGUGAAGGAAGACAUGAUUGAGUUGGAUCUCUCAGACAGCAAUGUUCUCUCUGAACGGCUAAGCAGCGAACAGUUGGACAAUGAACACAGUGAUGCUGCCACGACGACACUCCUGAGCAUUAUAGAGGCCGAGACCAGUCAACGGAACAGCCAGAUUACUAUCAAGACCGAUGAUUCUGAGACCAGUCGGAAAGUCUUACGCCAGAAGAGAAAAACCAAGAGGAAAGGACGGAAAUUGCCUCAGAUGCCACCAACUCAAGAUAAACCAGGUAACCUCCAGACAGAGUUGCUCCAAGCAGACCGCCAUACAGCCAACUCCAACAGCUCAGCUCUCUCCUCAACCCCAUCCCCAGAAAACAACGUGUCUCUCAGCUCCGUCCCACCCAGUCCUUCAGAUAACUCCACCCUCCCCAACACCCCUGUGGAACCCUACGCACUCCAGCUACAACGACCCACCAGGCUUGAGUUUAAUACGACCAGUGCUCACUACACGCCGUUCCUGACAAACACCAACAUGCUACUGCAGGAGGAUUCUAGUCCUGAGGAACGGCAGCGACGACGGCUGAGGAUGAAGCUGGAGAGUAAGAAUAGAGAGGAACAAGAGGACAAGUCAGGAGAUGAGGAGAAGCCAUGUUUUCAGCCGGCAACGCUAGUCAUUAAUGGAGAAAUCAAACAACAAACACACAUCGCUGUCUUCCAUUUCCUACCCCGGCAUGAGGAUGAGCUUCCGUUUGAAGUCAACGACCCCGUCUUUGUGGAGUUCAAGUGUGAGGAUCUGUGGUACGAGGGAAUUAAUCUCAAGACUGGGGAAGAAGGUUGCUUCCCGAGUCGAUACGUCAGAGAUUUCACUGCUGAUACGGAGACUAUACCUGGGUUCCGGGGCCGGAAGGUUCAUAUAAACCGGUACAACGUCAAGUUUUUAGGUUCUGUAGAAGUAGCAUUUCACAAAGGCAACGAUGUUCUAUGCCGUGCUAUGCAAAAGGUUGUGACCGCCAGAAGACUUACAGUAGACAUUCACCCACCGACAACGUGUGUACUUGAAAUCAGCGAUAUAGGAGUCAAGAUGAUUGACAAGUCAAAACCACAGAAAGCCAAAGAGAAGAAAGACUCUGUCCUAAAGAAGGUGGAGAAACUUCUUGGGUCUAAGCAGAACAAGGGUCAUAAUUACUUCUUCUCUCUGAAGAAUGUUUCCUUCUGUGGCUUCCACCCUUCAAGUAACAGGUAUUUUGCAUUCAUCACCAAACAUCCCACUGAUGGUCGGUAUGCAUGCCAUGUUUUCAUCAUGGAGGAUGGACUGUCAGCCAAGCCAGUAGCUGAGGCCAUGGGGGCUGCUUUUAGGAGGUUUUACUCGGAGUUCCUUGACUUCACCAAUCCCACCGAGGAUAUCUACAUGGAGUAGUCUGGUCCCAAGCAGUGACUUAACAAGAUGUUUAGCUCCCCUAUGUAAAGAAGAUCUAGCAAGUCCUACAUAGCAGGUAUUAUCUGAACCUAAUGACAUUGUUAUGAUGAGCCGACAGUUACCUGUUAACAGAUCCAUCUCACAGAGACUCUGAGCAGUAAGUACAUUUAAAUGCUAACUUGGGAUGCAGAAUGUGUUUUAAAAACAACCUAAAUGCUUGCUAGUGUAAGCACCUCUAGACCAUUAUCUACUUGCCUGAUUUCUUGGUUAAAGUUACUGAGCAUUUGUGUCCAUCCACUACAGAAGUUUCCAACAGGGUAAGAUGAUUACAAGAUAGUAAAUCUUCUGUGUCUGAAAUAGAUCUUAAAGAAAUGUAGUUAACAGAAAGAAAUAUGUCCAUGCCUAUAAUCUGAAGUACUUGUACGAUAAUUUAGAGUAGAAUUAAUUUAUCUAAAUGCAUGAAGUCUUUUAUGCUGCUGGCUACUUAGAUUUUGUCCCCUGAACAAAGUAUAAAACUAGCUACCAAUAAUAUACAAAAACUAAAUAUGAUAAAGUUAACUACUUUUCAGUUCUAUUGCAAAAGUCAACUCUUACUUUGUUUAAGUUGUAUUCAAAACUUAAGUUUAAGGACUUUGGUGGGGGGUUUUCAAAAGAAGAAAGCAAAAUAUAGCAAAUCAGAUUUCUUCAUGAAAUGUCAGUCUAUCCUUUUUGAUUCAGUAAUUCAGGAACUGUGAUAUAAACCUGUAAAAAUUGUACUUUCAAAUUCAAACGGUUUUGAAACCUGUGAAUAAUUAUACAUAAUGUAUCUCUAUUGUAAACUAACACUGUACAUCCAACCAUGUGUAUACACGUACUCAAAUGUAAAUAGGGAUUCUACCAACUCAACAUUGCCAUUCUGUACUGGUGCUCGAUGUUGUCAUAUACAUCUUACAGUACACGUCUUUCUUUGAAAACCAAAUUAAGUGGUGCCAAACUUUGUUUUUAUCCUUUUCUUAUUACGUUUACAUUUAUAUUAAUACCUGCGACAUUCCUAAUUAGUGACUGACCUGCUCUAGCUCUGAAAGAUAAGUACUAACAAAAGAAGUUAAUCGAAAAUGGGAGACUUUAAAACAUAAACAAUACUUUUGUUUACACUUAACAUUCAGCAACAACUGCAGUUUUGGUGACAUUCUGGUAGUUAACAGCUGCCACAAUGCUUCAAUCAUAACUGAGGUAUCACAUGUGUGUAUAGCAAUCAAAUGUCCAGAGUUAUAUUAAAGCCAAGAGCAAAUUAGCAUGUUAUUUAAUAUCUUUUGGUUUAACAAUUCAUUUACUUGCCAUUUUUAUGGUUCUUAUUGACCUGCUGCAGGGUGUUUUGUUACUUGCUUUACUGUUUAAUGCUCAUUAAGUUUUCAUAUAGUGUACCGAUAUAUUUUCUUAUGCAUGCAUGUAUUCUGUUAAUAAUCUUAACUAAGCAAUUGUCUUUCAGACAAGAAACAUGUCAACAGUUAAGACAUUUAGUACAGUGAAAUCUUGAUUAGUCAAAGAUCAAGGGAACAGGUUCAAAAUUUGACUUAGCAGAGUUUUGAGUUAAGCAGGGUUGUAUAGCAUUGUUAUACAACUGAAGGCAAUGGAUUCUUUGUUUGACUAAACAGUUGUUUUAAGUUGUCAGAGUUUGACUUAACACAAUUUCACUGUAUUUAGGUAGAAAUCUAUGUACUUAUUUUCUACUUAUUUUUUUGAAAUAAUUGUACUUACUCAGUUUAUAUUACUAUUUGAUUUGAUUGGUGUGCAGGAUUUUUAACUCCGCCCUAUUUUACUAUGUGUGUGACUUUAUUUUAUUCAUGUAUUCAAACUCCGCCCUUUAUGUAUAAUUAUAUUUAUGUGUGCAGCUAAUUUUAUUCUCAUUAUUUGUGCCAUCUUUUGUUUUUAUAAUAAAUUUAUUUGCUGAGGCUGAAAUACAUUGUGGUUUCACAAGCAUUAAAGGUUACAAAUGUUAUGCAUCACAAGUUACAUUUGUUCAAUAACUGCAAAACUUGACAAAUUCAGAAAAUUAUAAGAUAAAGGUCAAAAUCAAAUUUCUUUUUAAGAAUUAUCAACUGAGCUUGGAUACCUUACUUUCAGCAGAGAAUACUCUAUUUUUUAGCCUUGAUGUGUUAAAAUAACCGUGUGUGGCAUUUGAGAUUAUUUUGCUUUCUUAAAACCUUGAUAUAUUUGUAUUUCAUUGUUUGAAAUAACAUAAACCAUGGAAGUUUAAUCUA